GAAGCAGCAUCAUCCUUGGCUGUCCAGCGCACUCAUGAUCAACACAUACACCUCGACUGUACCCCCACCGCCUCCUCCACGGAGUCCUCUGCCAUCUUCCAUGAUGAAGACCUUUGUCUGGUUUCUGUUCUUCUUGAUCUUGGUCCAGAUGAUUGUAUUUUCUUUGUUUUUCACACAUCAAUGGAAAAAGAAUGAUAUGAUUCAGAGUUCCCUGAAUGAACAUUCCGACCUUACUGUAAUUAAAAGGUUACUCCAAUGCGGCAUAGAAGAAGAUGUGACAAGCUCACUGCUGGACUGCAAGAAAAUUCUUGGUGAAUUUCAGAAGAAGGUUUUUCCAAAUGAAAUGAAACCCAAAAUGCUGAGAGGAACACCUGAAGACCCCCAUUCUCCUCCCAUAGCAGCACACUUGAGGAUAGGUGCACCAUGCAGUGGCAAGCAGCAGAUAGAAACCUGCCUGACCAAGAACACCAUCACAGACUGGAUUACUGAUCCCAACCUGGACAUGACCACAAAUCUGUUUUAUGAAACAUCUUCAGGAAACUUGGUAAUCAGAGAAGCAGGUCUCUAUUAUAUUUACUCCCAAGUCACUUUCUCGUCCAUGAGACAGCAAAAUUCAUUCUCCCAGUAUGUCAUGCUAAAGGAUUCAACAGAGAAGAACGUUCUGCUCUUAAGAGCCAUCAGCAGCUCAACUGAAGGGACUGAAAGUAAACUUCAUACCCUGUUCCAAGGAGGGGUGUUCACUCUAAAAAGAAACGAUCGGGUUUUUGUCAAUGUGUCAGAUAUUAGACGUGUGCACUUCAAUGGUACCGCAACGCUCUUUGGAUUGUUUAGGCUCUGAGAAGACGUCAAACUGAACAUUGUCAUAAAAUAAAAGCAAGUCUGCCAUCAACACACAGGAUCAAAUGCCUGAAUAAUUAUUUAUGCAAAGGACCUAAGACUUUAAGUUUCCAAAAUUUUGGAAAAUAGUAACCUUUUUCUGGAAUGAGAUCUCCAUUUUAUUUGAAGAUUUCAGUUGUGGUGUCUUCCAGGCCAUGUCGUAGCACUACAAUUAAGCUACAAGAUGGAACUUUCCUGUUUAUUAACUAUUUAUUUAUUUGUUAACUACUAAUUUAAGAACUAUAUCUUUUAAUUUUUUUUUUUACUAUUGGGUAUUUACCAUGUGAAAGAAUGUAUGCAACUGUGGAGUGUUGGAUCUGUGCCUAUCUAAAAAUGACUGUAAAUAUGAAUUCUUGCACACAAUGUGGCAAUUUCAAUAUCUCCACCAGAAAUCAAUUUUACGGCUUAGUGCAGAUAAAAAGAGACAACAUACAGUGCUGGACUGGCCAUUCCCACCGUAAAAGAAACCAGAGGUGAUAUUCAUCAAAAUUAUAGACAUUUCAGUUAUUCAAAGACUCUAGAAAUGUCUACUGUAUGUUGAACAUUUGUUGAUAAAUUUCAAAUAUUUCCUCAAAUACAGUUAUAA